AUGGCCAAGAUAACCGACGACACGCUCGCGCUGAGAUUCAAGUAUGGCAUCCAUACUGUCUUCCUCUCGGUCGACCCUCUCACGCCCUUCUCCACCAUAUCAGAAGACCUGCUUGAUGUAUUGCGCGAGUGCUACCCAGACGGACUGACAGUGUCGGUCUUGGCGUCGGAUCGCACGCAAGUGCCGGUAAAAGGAGAGGAAUACCGAGUGUUCUACGCCCUGCCCAAGAACCCGAAAGACUUGUCGUAUGGUUGGAAGCCUUUGAAUAUUAACGGCAGCCAAACACCGGCCAGCCUGAAGCUGAAGGAUAAUGCAGCUCUGGCGUUCCAGAUCCAGACGAGCGAGAUGAUGGAGGAAGAGCCAUUUUUUGAAGUUGCGAUCCCGACGCAGGACGAAGAGGAUGCUCAAGCUGGCACGGAAACCGUCGUCGUCCUCUGCCUUCCUCUGGAAAAGUGGGUCUGUCACUUCACUCAUCUUCACAUGUCCGGCUCGACCACGUUGGCUCGGCUUCGGCUGGCGUUGCUCCUGCUGCUGCCCCUGUCGGCCGUGCUGACGACAUACCUGUACCUGUACCCGGUGAUCGGCGGCUGUGCGUUUCCGCUGCCGCAAAACGACAGUGACAGUGGCAAUGGCAGCAGAGAUGGAGCCGACCAGGCGGCCUUUCUCUCGACCGCGAGACAGCACCUGCCGGCAGCACCGACAGCAGCCGGCAGGUUGGCACCGUUCCGGCUGCUGGCGCUGGGCGACCCGCAGCUAGAGGGCGACACAUCGAUCCCCAACGCACACGGCGACUCGUUCCCACACCUGGUCCGAGCGAUGGAGCAUGCGAUGUUUCGCAGCAGCGGCCUGAGCCUGCGGGGACGGAUACAGCAGACGCUGCACGACCUGGUGGAUUUUUGGUUCGAGGACGUGCCCAACACAGCGUGUUCGGUGCGCAAGCGCAUCGACCUGGUGGGCAACGACUUUUAUCUCGCACACAUCUACCGCACGAUGCGCUGGUGGGCCAGGCCGACACAUGUGGCUGUGCUGGGCGACCUGCUGGGCAGCCAGUGGGUGGCGGACGACGAGUUUGAGAAGCGCGCCCACCGCUACUGGCAUCGUGUCGUGCGGGGUGGCCGCCGUGUGUCCGACAGCCUGGCACUUUACCCGGCCGACGAGUACGCCCUGUCGGGCUACUUGGGGGGGUUCGUGAGCAAAAACGAGACGAGCGAGACGAACGGGACGAACGGGACGAACGAGUCCGAGACGGACGAUUGGUCGGAUCGGAUCAUCAACGUGGCGGGCAACCACGAUAUUGGUUAUGCGGGCGACAUCACGGAGGAGCGAUUGGGCCGAUUCGAGCGGGCUUUUGGCAAGGCCAACUACGAGCUUCGGUUCGAGCUGCCGCUGGCAGCCCUGAGCGGGAAUGCAAGCGAGCACGACCUGUUCGACCGCGAGACGAAUCCAUGGUCGAACCGGCUGGUGCCCGAGCUGCGUAUCGUCAACCUUAACGACAUGAACCUCGACACGCCGGCGCUCAGCGCCGCCAUUCAGGACCAGACGUACGGCUUCAUCAACGCGGUGAUCAACACGGCGUCGGCCGUCGAGUUCCGUGGCCACUUCACCGUCGUGCUGACCCACGUACCGCUGUACAAGCCGGCCGGCACCUGCGUGGACGAGCCAUACUUUGCCUUUGGCCCCGACGAUGAUGGCGGCCUGCUGGCCGAGCAGAACCAGCUCAGUGCCGAUGCCAGCCGCGGCUUUCUCGAGGGCAUUUUCGGUAUGCACGGCGAUCCCGGUGCUCCGGCCGGUGGUCGUGGCCGUGUCGGCGUCAUCCUCAACGGCCACGACCACGAGGGCUGCGACACGUUCCACUACGUCAACCAGUCGCAAGGGCCCGUCUGGGAAGCCGUCCGCUGGGACGCGGCCACCAACAAGACGAUUGUCGGCCGUGCUGGCUUCCCCGGCGUGCGCGAAAUCACCGUGCGCAGCAUGAUGGGCGACUAUGGCGGCAAUGCCGGCCUGCUGAGCGCCUGGUUCGACGAGGCCGCCUGGGAGUGGCGCUUCGACUUUGCCACCUGCGCUCUCGGCCGCCAGCACCUCUGGUGGGUCGUCCACGUGCUCGAUGUCCUCGUCCUCGCCGCCGUCCUCGUCUACGGCCUCGCCCGGCUCGUCGAGACGGCCAUCCUGCAGACACCGGCCGACUUUGCCAACACCAGCAGCACACCCACCGCCAAGAUGACGGUGUCAUCUGCGAAGAAGUUCGUGGCGGCCGGGACCGCAAAGCAACGUCCGUCCAAGGCGGCUACAUAG